AACCAGGCACAGCUCAAAGAACUCGACGUUGAUGAGGGAAGGUCCCUCGAGCCCAGGACAUGCGGUAGAUCUCGUUAUACAAUCGACCUCCUUCGGGAAUACAUGUCUCGAACAUAUUCAAAUCAAUUUUCAUAUGAUGGAAAACUCAAGAUGGGAAUAUGGGGCGUUGCAAAGGAGUUCUUUAUAUUAUUGUUAUCGUUAUUAGUCAUUCAUAAGCAGCAGCAUCAUCUAAGGUACCUAGUCAGUGGUUCUUCUCCAUAUAUCAUCCCUAUCACACUCUCAUUAUUGAUCCUGAUUCCUACUCUGUUGCCCCCGUAUAAUAGGGCUUUCUUUCAGGGUUUCUAUCGUCCCAAACUAGGGCGUGUGAUGUGUAUGGGAUGGACGGCGCUCCGCUGGGCCGCGCAAGAAGGGCAUAAGGGUGUAGAGCAAUUCUUCCUCGAGCGAAGAGCUGUUACAGCGGAAGCUCCAUAGGGGUUAUAUAUAGCGCUAUUCGCAAUUUUCCGACUAACCUCUUUGCCAUUGCCAGCUCACAACAGAAUAGUAAUAGUAUCCAGGGGUUGUCUAGGUAUUGUA